AUGCUAGAACAAAGCAACUUCGCAUCACCAUCGCCGUGGCCCUUGAAAGAUGAGUUCAUGGGCAGCAAAUCUGGAGGCGGAGACGGCGACAGGAAGUCAUGGCAUCGGCUCGAGGAUCUCCCUACUCCCUUUGCGGCGCAGUACGCGAGACUGAGCCAGCCGUGGCUCCCCGGAUUCUGGACGCGAUUCCCGUAUCGCGGCCUUGGCAUGUGGUUGCUCGCUCUGAUAGGAACCGUGGCGGCCGUUCUGAUACUGAGAUACAGUGAUGGAGUGCCUGUUUCCGAUUGGGACGAGCAUAUACAGCCGACCGUCUGGCUAGCGUUGACGUCGGCCUUGACGGGUGCAUUUCUUGCAUGCGCUUUUACAGAGGGGGCGGCUAUCUCGUAUUGGAGGACUGCGGGUAAACCGGUCACAUUACAACAACUGCAAGCUGUGUAUGGCUCGUCGACAGGCAUCAUCCAGGCUGCUAUUAAUCUGUUCACCUGGAAGUCCAAGACUUUGGGCAUAGCAUCCAUCUUGAUGACACUGUCCGUCAUGCGUGGUCCACUCAUGCAGCGAGCCUCUGCGACAGCAAACUAUUACGAGGGACUACAAGGAACAACAAACUUUCAUAUCGCCCGCGAACUACCUGGCGACUACGCCUGUAUCAUGACAGGUCGCACUCAUUCCACAUCUCUUCUCACCAAGAAUUUUAGCGACAUCGCCCACAACUACAACCGUCGUAGCGACAUGGUCGCCUUCGAUACAUCCUGCACCAACUGCACAACAACUGUCGAAGGAUUUGGAUUCCAAGUGAAUUGCACUGAGACGACUAUGGACUACAACAUCACUGUCGGAUCAGACUUGAAGCAGGCUAUAAACGGAGCGUCUUUCUUCCAGGUUAAUGUUUCGGAAUUCACCGGUAACUCUGUUUACUCAAUGAAAGAUGGUGCCUUUUUACGGUUGGCGACACUUUACAAAGACGACCACAACUGUUAUGGAAACACAAAGAUCCAAACUUGUGAUCUCCACGCUGGUAUCACCAAGUUUCCUGUGCGGAUGGACGGAGACAAGGUGGAACUUUUAGGUAGCUGGAAGGAUGACAAGUUCAUCGAGCGGAAAUAUAUGACCCCUGCAGUAAUGGUAGUCAGUGGCUCUGGUAAUAUUCUUGGCGGCUUCAGCACGAUCGGCAGUGCUCUCUUCAGCUCCACAGCCUACAUGAGUUUCACCGGCGCGACAGGCUACGACGUCAGAUCGAAAGGUUUGCCAGCAACUCAAUACCUCACCAUGGCAGGGCCCGUGCCGGGCUGCAACGACACGUGGUCGAACCCAAUGGACGAUAUCAUCGAACUCAACCGCAACCUCGGCUUCCGCGCCAGUCUUCAGUACGCAAAAUACAACAAGACCGAUGAACAAAAAGUCCAAUACAACAGCGGCACGACAACACUUGUAUACACAACAGACUAUCACAAGAUGUGGAUAGCAGUCCUGGUAUCGCUCAUCGGUAUCUUUUCCGUGCUGCCUACCUUCUGGGGCUGGUGGGAGCUAGGACGAGAUGUCAGUCUGAACCCGCUCGAGAUUGCGAAUGCUUUCGGAACUGUGGGACAGGAGUCGCAUCUUAUGAGAAACGUGGAUCCGAACCAGAAUGUGGGAGGGAUCGUUGAUGCGGUUAAUGAUGUUGGACCUGUGAGAUAUGGUGCUUGGGAGAUGAGUGAUGGGGUUACGAGACUUGGGUUUGCAGGAGCUGGUAUAGUUAGGAAUCCGACCAAGGGAGAGAGAUUUAAUUAUUAG